UGGAGAGCGGUGAGCGGUGAGCGGAACGAGAUGCGGUCGGUAAACAAGUCAGCGAGUGGGGAGGAGGAGCUGACUGGCCUCAAUGGCAACUCCAGUGACCCCAUCUAUGCCAUUAAGGGCAAGUGGAUGACCGACUGGAGCCUGCGUCGGGAACGUGAAAAGCUUUGUAGUUUUCUGUUUAAAAGCAUUGUGACCGAGGGCGAUUGCAAGCGCCUCCUGGAGGCGGCCAAGAUCUAUGGCGAGAGCAGUGACUUCAGCUCCUGGACAGCCAAUGAUCAGUUGCAGUGGUAUCGCAACUACAAUCUCAACAACACCAAUGUCCUGGGACUAAGGAAUCAAACCUCCGGCACUGCUAGCAUCGUCACACAAUCCGAUUCCGAUUCGGAGAUCCUAGGCCCCGUUUUGCCGCCCUUUGCCCUCUGGCAAACCAUACUGAUAGCCAUCUGCCUGGCGGCCUGCAUUAUCCUGACCGUGGGCGGCAAUAUCCUGGUGCUGUUGGCCUUUAUUGUGGACCGUAACAUCAGACAGCCCAGCAACUACUUUAUCGCCUCGCUGGCGGCCACGGAUAUGCUGAUAGGAACCGUUUCCAUGCCCUUUUACACGAUCUACGUGCUGAAGGGCUACUGGGACCUGGGCCCUGUCCUGUGUGAUCUGUGGCUCUCCGUGGACUAUACGGUCUGUUUGGUCUCCCAGUACACGGUGCUGCUGAUCACCAUCGAUCGUUAUUGCUCCGUGAAGAUUGCCGCUAAGUACCGAAGCUGGCGAACCCGAACGCGGGUUAUCUACAUGGUCACGAUUACCUGGAUCAUUCCCGCCCUGCUCUUCUUCAUCUCGAUCUUUGGAUGGGAGCACUUUACGGGCAAGAGGGACUUACUGCCAGGCCAGUGUGCUGUGCAAUUCCUAAAGGAUCCCAUCUUCAAUACGGCCCUCAUCAUCGGCUACUACUGGACCACCCUGAUAGUCCUGUUCGUGCUCUACGCCGGCAUCUACAAGACGGCCUACGAUAUGCAAAAGAGAAGUGAGGCCAAGCAACGCAAGAUGCAGUCCAUGGUGGCUCUCAGUGCCGGCGCGAUGUCGGGAAUGGCGGGGCAUGCCGCCGGCAUCGGAGUGAUCGAGGAGAAGAUUCUGAAGACAAAGGUCGAGUUGGCGGGCGGCGAUCAGGCCGACCUCGACAGCGCCUGCACGAGUGUGAUUAAGCGGUUGAGUGGCUCCGGCCAGGCGAAUCCUUUGGCCGCGAUAGCACCGACCACCGAGGAGGUGGAGAAGAUGACCCCUGAGCAGAGAAGAGCCUCGGCGGCCAAGAUUCAGGAGGAGGCCCGCAAGCGCGACGCGGCCGUGGAGGCGGAGAAGAGCGAGCGAUCGAGCAGUCCGGCCUUCGACUCCGAUGAGGAGUCCUCCGUCAACCAAGCCCAGCAGCUGAUCACCCAGCAGAAGCUGAACAACAUGCGGAAGAGGUCAUCGAUUGGGCUGGUUUUCGGAGCACAGGCCGCCCUGUUGGCCACCCGGGGGAAAGGUAACUUGCAGAAGAGCACCACGAACUCCAAGUCCAUCGAGGCUAUGCACCAGUAUCAUCACCAUCAGCACCACCACCAAAACCCUAUUCAGCGAGCCCAGAGCAAGGAGGAGGUGCGCUCCCAGCACCACCACCACCAAAGCCAGAAUUCCAAUCCGAACCAGAACCAGAACAAGCGCACUUCCUGCUCAACCCUGACCCAGAUAGCCGAACACGACCGCCUCGUAAAUCCGAUCGGUGAUCCUCUGUCCCCAGUUGAUCUGGCCCCACUCGAAGUGCCCAGUGAUGAAGUUCAUCCCGGCCUGGUCCAGACCAUCCUGCCGCCCCCCGACGCCUUUCAGUGCCCAACCCCCCUUUCAGAAGACUACUCCGACCGUCCCUUCGGUAAUAGCUCUGGCAACAGCGAGCUAGCCCUAACCUACGACCUGAUGACCAACUCGGAGCUGCGGUACAUGGACGAGAGCUCUGCCAUGCUGGCCACCACAUCCUCGCUCAAUGAAAGUGUGUUGGGAAAACCACCGUCACAACCACCACCAGUCCUGCCUCCACCACCGCCCGCACGCAGAAACCCACCAGCGAAACAGAAUCCAAGUCAAACUCCCACCCAAAGCCAUGGCAGUCCCAGCCAAAGCCAAAGUCAAAGCCAAAGCCAUAGCCAGAGCCAGAGCCUAAGCCUGGGCCUCAACUUGAACCCCAAUCACAACCAGAGCAUGGAGGAGGCAGUGGCCAUUGAAAAACGUCUUCUCGUAUCAUACACAGGCAUAGAGGACUUUGCCAAAGUGCGGCGGGAGAGCUGCAUCGAGGCCAUCUGCCUGCUGGACGUUCCCGGAAAGCUGGUGGUGGACUGUCCCCACAGAAGAGCCUCCAGUCCGAUGGAGACGAGCAGCAAGGACGCCAUCCUUUACUCUCCAAUGCCACCGCCUCCUCUUUCACCUAAGGUGAAGACACAGCAAACACCACAGUCGGGUACGCCAGUGCUGGCGCCCACUCUGGAAAGGAUCGAGGAGCGGGAGACCUCGGACAGCAAUACCAAUAAGAUGCCCUCCACAUCGGGCACCACAAGCAGUACGGGAGGCGGUGGCGGCGUCCUAAAGAAGGACGCGGACGAGGAAGAAAACCAGCGGGAGGAGAAGGGGCUGUCAGCCAGCAGGAGCUCCAGCAAGAGGGCCUUCAUCCAUUCCAUCGGAAAGCACUUCAAGAGCAAGAAAGCCUUGCCCCUGAUCAUAGGAGUGGGCGGACGGCAAAAGUCCAAGUCAGAGAAUCGUGCCCGCAAAGCGUUCCGCACGAUAUCGUUCAUUUUGGGCUGCUUCGUGGCCUGCUGGACGCCGUAUCACGUCCUGGCCCUGGUGGAGGGAUUUUGCCGGAAUCCGCCGUGCACCAACGAGCACCUAUACAUGUUCUCGUACUUCCUCUGCUACGCCAACAGCCCCAUGAAUCCCUUCUGCUAUGCGCUGGCCAACCAGCAGUUCAAGAAGACCUUCACCCGGAUCCUCAAGGGGGAUCUGCACAUGACCUAAGCUGGUUUUUGUAGGAUAUGCGAUAGUCUAGUUGUUGGCGGUAAAGUCUGGGACUCCGUUUGGCAUUUUGCUUUCCGCGCCGUACCCUACCGGACCAGUCCCUUGAGAGCCCCUAGGGCCUGGUCCUGAAACCCCACCCAGAAACAAAUACAAACCCUAGGCCUGUAAGUUUUCUAGUAAAGAACCCGAGGAAAGUGAUCCGCCAGGUGGAAGUCCCGAAUAGCUUUAUCCGCCCAUUAAGUCAGAGUAAGGCAGGACACUUGAUAAAUUCUAAAUUUAAUCGGUGUAGGAUGGAGAGCGUAAUUUGUAAGUAGCCAAAGGUGUGUGCUAUAGUUAGAAUUGUUUUGGGGGGAAACCGGUUGGGAAACGGAUAUCUAGGUCUACUGUGGCAGUAAGCGGGGAGAAAUGUUUUAGACAAUAAAUAUUUUAAUGUUAAUUAACACUCUACGCUAAUCUUAUCAAAAUAUAAAAUAUAAUAGUGGCUAAUAUACUAUGAAAUAAUUUAGAAUCUAAGUAUGAAGGCAGUACACAAGACUAGAAGCCCCAGUAUCAAAUCGACCCAUACAUAUCCCCAUAAAGAAAUGCAUUUUCUAUUGCUCUGCAGAAAAUACAUACAAUAUGACAGGCAUAAGAAUAGAAAGGAUAUUCCUUUAAGGGAUUUUCUUUUUGAAGAGUCCUUCAACGGUAAUAAUUCGUCGAUUAGUCUAUAGAAUCUAUAGUAUAGGUAGCCCCACUCAUGAUUCUGGUCGCUGUUUUAUAGAAUUUCGAUACUAUUUUCACUAAAAAUACGAAAAAUUAAAGCUGUGUUCAACUCCAUUGACGAACUAUUGCCGUUCUAGGGCUGGAAAUCAAUUCGAUGUCGGUCCCCUUCAUCAGAUAUACGAUUUUAUAAUUACAAAGCAGCAAACCCCAGCAAACAUACCCUCGUAAUUGUCUAUGGAUAUUUAUGCCAGGCAAGUUCAGCAAUUUUGUGUAAAUAUUCAUGAGUAUUGUGAGGGCUUGCCCCGGGCAUAAAAACAUAAAAGAUAUAGCUACAUAGAUGUCAAUUUUUGCGCAAGCCAGAAACUAUACCGUACGUACAUGUAGAAUUCUCUUUCGCGCCUUUGCCAAGUUGCCUAACUGAUUUGAAAAAGUCUCAUUCUGAAACCAGUUCUCUUUGUUGUCCUUUGUUGACUCGUUAACCGAUUUGUUACCGUUACCGUUUUGCUAACCGAUUCGUUUUCCAGUGAGUAAUGUGCUAAACAAGUUAUGCCUUUGUUGAACUUUGUUUCCUUUUAGCACGUAAGUGAUAAGUGUAACAAUAACUAACUUAUUACA